UUGUUCACCCUAUAACCAAUCACAUGCUGGGAGAUUUGUUUUCGUUUUUGAUUUACGUUCAUCGAUGCCAAUCGGACUGCUCCCACCAUAAUCGAGAACCAAUGGGAAGGCCAUGGGUCGGAAGGUAGGCGGGGCUUAGUGAACACUACGGCGGAAAAUGGCGCCCAGCUCGAAAUCAGAAAAGGACGGUAACAAACAAACGCUGAGAAAACACAAAGAACAUGUCGUCAAGCUUCUGAACCGUGGAAAGUUGUCUGGCCAGUAUUCUCAGCGCUUGUUCAGGAAACUACCACCGCGCGUCUGUGUUCCCCUGAAGAACAUAGUCAGCGAGGAGUUCCUCAGAGCAGGACACAUCUUCCUGGGGUUCACUAAGUGUGGUCGUUACGUGCUGUCCUACACCAGUGACUGUGGAGAGGACGAUGACUUCUCCUUCUACACCUAUCACCUCUACUGGUGGGAGUUCAACCUACACAGCAGACUCAAACAGGUGCACCAUGUGCGUCUGUUUACAGGUGAGGACAUCUACAGUGAUCUCUACCUGACAGUGUGUGAGUGGCCAACGACCACUCCAAGAUCGUCAUCUUUGGCUUCAAAUACUCGUAGCUCCAGCUCAGUGUUGAUGAAUCUGAUGAUGAGUGAUGAGAACAACAGAGAUAUCUACAUCACCAUCGCCUCCAUGCCUCCUCUCAGACCCUGCUCUCAAUGCUGCCCUCCAAAUACCUCUACCAUACGCACAGGUAGUGGAGAGUGUCUGGAACAUGGCUAUAUGUUGAACAGUCGGUACCAGGUGGUCUAUCCCUUCCCCACCUUCCAGCCUGCCUUCCAGCUGAAGAAAGACCUGAUCUUCCUCAACACCUCCUUCCUGGUGGCCUGCUCUGUGUCCCUCUGUCCAGCAGAAGCCCCGCCCCUCUUUCCCCUAGCCAAUCACAAGCUGCCGCCCGGGCGCGAGAGUUCGCCGCCGACCUCUUCAGACGUGCCCAGGGAGGAGGGAGAGAAAAACGAGGGAGGGGAAAGGAGAGGGAAACCGGAGGGAAGCGAAGUAGGAGAGGAGACCGUCGUGACUGAGAGAGAAGGGGUGAGCGUGGAGAGGGACAGUGAACAGAGGGAAGACGCACAGACUAGCGCACCACAGACUUCCACUUCAGCUGGGAACCAAAGCUUGUUGCGACCUUUGCAGGAGGACUCUAUUCAGUGUAGCGCGGUGAUGUCUCCUGCCUCCUCCUCCUCUUCCACCCCCACUCCUCAUUCUACUCAGGAAGCAGGCUGCAGCGAGCCGGGAUAUGUCAACUACACCCGCUUGCAGUACCGCAUGCCACAGCCGGGGGCGCCAGAGCAGGAUGCAGGAGGUUAUGAGGAUGAUAAGGUCCAGCUGCCCUUCACUGUGACUGACCUGAAGGGACGCAACCUACAGCUGGUCACUGGGCCCCACAACGGACAGAGUGUGUGUGUGGAGCAGUUGACUCUGGACUUUGAGUACCUGAUCAACGAGGUGAUCCGGAGCGAUGCCCGCUGGGCUGCUCAGUUCUGUUCCUUCAACGACUACGACGUUGUUAUACUGGAGGUGUGUCCAGAGACUAACACAGUGGUGAUAAACAUUGGGCUGCUGCUUCUGGCGUUCUCCAACCCUGAAGAGGAACACUGCAGGCCCAACACCUACCACUCCAGUCUGCAGGUGAGCUGGGACCUCAACACAGGAGUGUGUCACACCGUCGGGGUCGGUGACCUCACUGAGGUCAAGGGUCAGACCAGUGGCAGUGUAUGGAGUUCGUACAGAAAGUCUUGUGUGAACACAGUGAUGAAGUGGCUGGUUCCAGAGAGCAGCUCUCGUUACAUCAACCGCAUGACCAACGAGGCCCUGCACAAAGGUUCCUCUCUACAGGUGUUGGCUGACAGCGACCGGAGUACCUGGAUCAUACUAUGAGGGACAACAGAGGGGUGUCCUGACACCAGAGGCUCGGACUGUCACACACACCCAUCCACACACCGACACACAUACAGCAAGCCUGUUUAGCUGCUACAGUAACAGUCAUAGGAUCCCUCUCAAAUGGCACCCUAUUCCACCCUAUUCCCUCCUAUUCCACCCUAUUCCCUCCUAUUCCACCCUAUUCCCUCCUAUUCCCUCCUAUUCCACCCUAUUCCCUCCUAUUCCACCCUAUUCCCCCCUAUUCCCUAUUCCACAUGUGGUGCACUACGUUUCCAUUAUCCCUGUGGUGAGAAGUGGUGCUCUAUAUAGGACCUUCAGACUCCACUCUGGACCUGGAAACCAGUUCCACUGUUCCCCUCUAAUCAGGGACUGAUUUAGACCUGGGACACCAGGUGGGUGUGCAAUUAAUGAUCAGGUAGACCAGAAAGCAGGCUCCGGACCUCGUAGGGUCAGAGUUGAAUACCCCCGAUUUAGGGAAUAGGGUGCCAUGUUGUCAUGACUCAGUUACGACAUGUCGCCAACCUGAAUCUGUGCACCUGCCUCUGUGUGUGUGUGUGUGCCUCUGUGUGUGUGCCUCUGUGUGUGUGAUAUUGUAGGAUGGAAGAAACGAGGCAGUGUGUUUUCCACAUGUUCUGUUUUUGUUUGACGAUAUAAUGUACCAUAAUUUGCACCCAUGGAUCCAGAGCUGGACUGAACAAAGAUGAUUUUACUGUGGGUUUUUAGUUCGGUUUGUUUGGUGUAAUUUUCCGUUUUAUGACUGUGUGUGAGAGAGAGAGAGAGAGAAAGAAGUUGUGUGGUCCUCAUGCCUCCGAGAUUCUGCUGCUCUUCUCGGAACCUAAAGGCCACUCCUCGAAACCAGCUUUUUGUCCAGGUCUGUCUGACUGCAACAGGGCCUACACAUGAACCGGAACCAAUCCUGUUAUUUGUCGCUCUGGAGUGACUGACGUUCCCCCUAGGUACAGAUCUAGGAUCAGCUUCCUCUCCCCCAAUCCUAACCUUAACCAUUAGUGGGGGGAAAUGUUAAACUGACCGCAGAUCAGUGUCUAAUGGCAACUUCACCAUCGACAGAUUUCUUCUUGGAUUGCGUCCAACAUGGCUCCCUAUGUAGUGCACUACGUUUUGUCCAGAGCCUCAUAGGGCUUUGGUCAAAAGUAGUGCACUACAUAGGGAAUAGGGUGUCAGUUCAGAUUGUCCCCUUUUUAAAUGUAUUUGUAUGUAAUGGAGUUAACUUUCCCAGAUUUACUGCCUAGUCCUUCAUCCCAGGAAUCUUUUUUUUUGGAAAGUUACAACCCUAGAUGGAGCAGAGGCUUAUGGAGUUUAACCAAGCCUGUCAUUAUCUGGCUGUAUUUUAAGACUGGACGGAGAGAGCAUGGUUCACUUGAUUAUUUUUUGAUAAAAAUAAAUUGAAAGAUUCAC